GGCGCUCGGCGCGGUGCGGCUGCGGCUGCUGGGGGGCCCCUCACCCGCCCAGCGGCUGCUGCGCCUGGCGCGGUCGCCAGCGACCGACGCCGGGGCGGCGAUCUACGAGGUCGACGCUGGGUUCUGUCCCUCGGUCGACAACGCUGUCCUACAGGCUCUUCCACAGCUGCCAGGCCUGCGGACUCUCAAUCUGGACAUGUGCCACGGCGUCGACGACAGCGGCCUUGUCGCAAUCGCGCAGAGGUGCCCUCGCCUGCGCAGCCUCAGCCUGUAUUCCAACUGUAAGGUCACCGACCGGGGCUUGAUGCUCGCGCUGCGCGCGCAGCAGGGGACUGGCCUGAGAGACCUGGUCCUCAGCGGCUGCAAGCAGGUCUCGGACGAGACCGUGCAGCGUGUCGUGAGCAAGGCUCCCGACCUCGAGACCAUCGACCUGACCCGCUGCCCGAGCGUCACCGGCGCCGGGGUGCGCCUGGUGUGCGGGGUGCUGGACCGGCUGCGGGUGCUGCGGCUGUACGCCAUGGGCCAGCUGCCGCCGCCCGCGUUCGCGGCGCUGCCGCAGCUGGUGUGCCUGGAGGAGCUGGGCCUCUGCGGCUGCAGGGUCGAGGACGGCCCCCUCGUCGGGCUCCUGGAGGCGGCCUCGCCCUCCAGGCUGCACACCCUCGACCUGACGUGGUGCUCCGCGCUCACCGACGCGGCGGCCCGCGCGGUGGCCGCGCAUUGCCCGCGGCUCCGGUGGCUGAGCUACUUCGGCAACACCAACAUGACCAGUGCAGUCAUCGAGGCUCUGGCGGCGUCUCCGUGCGGCAAGCUCGUCCACUCCCUGGACGUGCGCGGCCUCACGCUGGCGCGGACGCGCCCGCUUGCCCCGAGCUGCCUUCGCUCUCGCCCGUUCCACGGGAGACCGACCGCUGGCGACCGCGUUCGAAACCUGCCCGUGCGGGUCCAAUCGACGCUGGGGCAUCGGACACCCCUGCUGGGGAUUCACUCGGCUGCAGACGGGUCUCGGAUCCCGACCCCCCCCCCGCAUGCGCUCCAGAAGUCGGACCUGCGGGGGCAGGGCUCACACGCGGUGGUCUGGAGCAGGCCGAGCGUGGUCCUCGGAGGCCCCCUCGUCGCCACUGCCGGGCGCGGGUCGGAUAGUCGCAGCGCAGCCAGGGCGGCGUGCCAGGGGGGGGGGCCCGAGGACCGACUCGGGCUGGGCGCCUGGCCGGGAGGAGAGCGGGGCGUAAGGUUUCCCGAUGCGAGCACGAGCCAGUUCUGGGGCGGUGAGAGACGGGAG